CUCACCUAAUUGAGAUUCUCCUAGCUUUAAACCUCGAUCAUAUGGAUUAUAUGUGUAAUGAGUUGGAAGAAAGCUUCCAGUGCCACGAACAUGUCGUCCGUAGAGCCACUUUUGAGGUUCGGAAUCCCGACGCAGCCAACCGUCGUCUCUCACGAGCCACCGUCACCACAAUCGAUUUCAUGUGCCGCAGCAAUCAUCGUUUCACCGCCUAUGAAGACGGAGCCAAAGAUUCAGCCAUCGACGUAGUUCCUCGAAAAUUUUUGGAAACAUCUUCCAGCAUUGAAUUCGCCGACAUCGUCAACUGCAAACUCGGCGAAAUUCGGGCCGCCAUUCGCCGCAAGCUGUUCAGCUUGGGUGGCGGCAUUUUUGAUAAGUGGAAUGAAUUUGAAGGCACCGUCUCCGGAAUAACGGCGGCGGUCCGCGACCUCGGCGCGUGCAAGGUGGCGCGCGUGUUCGUGGACGUGAAGCUGUUCCACAUUCGGAGGGAGAGAGUGUUGCUCCCGGAUCUGAAGUCGUUGACCGGGGAUGCGGUCACGCUACCGGGCAGCCACGGAGGCGGAGAGAAGAGUUUUUGUGCGGUGUGUUUGGAAGGUCUGAAAUUAAAAGCACGGGAAGUUGUGAAGACGCCUAUCGCCGCGCGUAGGUUUCACGCCAAAAACAUCCGAAAGUGGCGGCGCAAAAUCCAUCAGUACCCACUUUGCCGCUCCGAGCCGACGUUGACUGAAACGGCGGUGAAAGAGAAUAAGGAACGCGAGUUUUAUGCGGGGUAUUCCGGCACGACUUCGCCGCCGCCGAGUUCUCUUCCUUUGCCAUCCUUCUUACGGGAAAAAAGUGAAAAAGAUCUUAGGAAGUUUAAUGCGGGGUUUUCCGUCAUGACUUCGCCGCCGCCGCCGCCGAGUUCUCUUCCUUUGCCUUCCUUUUUACGGAAAAAAAGUAAAAAACAUCCGAGGAUAUCGAUAUCAACGGUGACGCUACAUCUGUUUUAUGCCGGGUUUUCCGUCAUGACUUCGCCGCCGCCGAGUUAUCUUAGGAUAUCGAAAUCAACGGUGAUGCUACUUCUUGCUUACGGCGUCUUACGGCAUGUAGGGUGCAGAUCAGAUUUUUCAAUUUGUAUUUUCCAUUAUUUACAAACUCGUAUCCGUUAGUUGUUGUAAUGGAUGGCCGGGUUUCAAAUUUGUAUUUACAGUUAAUUUCCCUGCAAAGUACGUAAUAUUUAGAUCCCUUCUCUUUUAGUCGUAAUAUUUG